UAAUUUAACCUCAAUCCAGAAAGGUCUAAGGAUUUCAAAUAAUUUCAUCAUCUCAAUUAAAUUUUAGCGUUUGCUAAAUGUGUUUGAUAUCCGCAUUGCCCUGACCUUUGAACCUCAGAAUAGUUUUCUGAUUAUCGAAAAUUUUACAUCAUGUUCCUCGACAGGGCUGCGGAAAAGUUAAGAAAUUUGAAUAGAAUUUUACAUAGACCUAACUUUUCGAGGAAGAAUCUCAAUGCAUCAUACUCAACAGAAUCUGUAACAAUUGGAGACAUCACGAAAGAAAUCAAAAGUGUUCAAAAACUAGAGUAUGUUCCUAGGAAAUACUAUUCUGGAAAUGAAAACCAGAGCACUUUACACCAUCUACAAUGGAUGAUGAAGAAAGAUUUAUUAGGACAAGAUAUAUUCUUAUUAGGUCCACCAGGACCUAGUAAAAGGCACUUGGCAAUGCAAUAUUUGGAGUUGACAAACAGGGAACUUGAAUAUAUUUCGUUGAGUAGAGAUACAACAGAGUCUGACCUAAAGCAACGGAGGGAAAUUAUUGAUGGCACUGCUAAAUAUUUUGACCAGAGUGCAGUGAGAGCAGCAACUGAAGGCAGGGUGUUAGUCUUAGAUGGGAUUGAAAAAGCUGAGAGAAAUGUGCUGCCAGUGUUGAAUAACUUGUUAGAAAAUAGGGAAAUGCACCUGGAAGACGGUAGGUCUCUGAUUCCAGCACAUAGAUACGAUGAGCUUCUUGAGAAAUAUGGGGAAGAGGAAAUGAAUAAAUGGAAGCUUGUAAGAGUUGAUGAAAAUUUCAGGGUUAUUGCCAUAGGACUUCCUGUUCCAAGAUAUAGAGGAAAUCCCUUGGAUCCACCCUUAAGGUCUAGAUUUCAGGCUAGAGAUGUCAAUAUGUUUAGUUACCAGGAAUAUCUCACUGCAAUGAAAGAAGUGGCUCCGAACGUACCGCAUGAGAAACUUGAAUCAAUUCUAUCGGCUGCUUUUUCAUUAAGAAGCGAAGAGAGCACAAAUUUAAGCCUUCCAGAAUUUCCUGUGGAAAGCUUGAUCUUAGCGGCAAGGCUACUGGAACAAAAUCCAAAACAGCAACCUUUUGAUAUCCUCUACAAAUUAUACCCCUACAGGACUUUCUUGAAGGACGGUAUACAAAAUUUGGAAUCGCUCUUAAGUAGAUUCAAUAUAACACCUCCUGAAGAUAAUUUACUGAACACUUUAAGUAGUAAAUUCAAGAUGUUCUUCAGUAAAAACGCCAAUGGUGCUAGUUUAUACGUGGAAACGCCAUAUCAAAACCAAGUGAUCGAAGAUAUGGUUCAAACAAUAGGAGUAUCAGAUUAUUGCAUUGUUGGUCCAAAAGGUUGCGGAAAGAGCUUAUUGGUGAAUAAAGUUUCUGAAAUUCUCGGGCAAGAAACAGAAACCAUCGUGCUGUAUCAAGAUAUGACUUCGAGGGAUUUGAUCCAACAGAGGAGCACUCUGGACAACGGUGACACCAUAUGGGUGUUUUCACCUCUUGUAAACGCCGCCCUGGAAGGUAAAAUAGCAAUUUUGGAUGGGAUCCAUAGGAUACAUCCAAGUACACUGUCUGUGUUACAUCGUUUAGUCCAUGACAGGGAACUUCAACUCCAUGAUGGCAAAAGGCUUAUGAGCUAUGACAGAUACUCCUUCCUCAGAGAUAAACUGAAAAUAUCUGAAGCUGACUUGACAAAAUCGGGUAUCUUUCCUAUACAUCCCAAUUUCAGGAUAGUAGCCAUAGGGGAACCGCCCAACAACCAAUCAAAUACCAACAAUUGGAUGACGUCCGAAGUACUCAGUUUGUUCCUCUUCCACGAGUUGAGAACCUUGAGCAAGCAGGAAGAAAUGAACAUUAUUGUUUCUCAAUUCGGACCUAUCUCAAGACCUCUUCAUCAGAUAAUUGAUUUGGCUCAUACAUUAAGGAAUAGUACGGAUCCAACAUUGAAGAACUUAGCGGGUCAUUUGUCUACCAGGCAACUGAUGAGGAUUGCAGCUAGAAUGAAGAAUUAUCCUACUGACCCAUAUGAAGCGCUCGAAGAAACAUUCAUGAUUCAAUUUUUGCCAUCCUUAGCCAAAAAAGCGUUAGAAAAAACAAUUUCGAAGGUGGGUAUAAACCCUAACCCUGAAGAAUCGGCAAAGAAAUUGGAGUGUGAUGUUAAAGAUGGCGUUUUGACAAUAGGAAAAACAUCCUGUAACGUUUAUGUAACAGAUCAUUUAACCAAAGUCCCUCAUAUUUUAUUCUACAAUGUGCCUCAACAUAUUAAACUUAUGGAAAAACUCUUGCAAGAGUUUCUUCUUGGACAACAUCUACUUCUUGUUGGCAACCAAGGAGUGGGAAAGAAUAAAAUAGUGGAUAGGUUUUUAGAACUAAUGAAUAGGCCAAGGGAGUAUAUACAGCUUCAUCGUGAUACCACUGUACAAACUCUUACAACCCAACCUAGUGUUAAAGAUGGAGUUUUAAUCCAUGAAGAUUCACCGUUGGUGAAAGCCGUCAAGCAAGGUCAUAUUCUGGUGGUUGAUGAGGCAGACAAAGCUCCGACCCAUGUGACGUGUAUACUGAAAUCACUUGUAGAAACAGGCCAAAUGAUUUUGAGCGAUGGACGAAGAAUAGUCAAGAAAGUACCGGAAGGUGCGGAUUUCAAUAAAUACAUAGAAAUUCAUCCAGAUUUCAGGGUUAUAGUACUGGCCAACAGGCCUGGUUUUCCAUUUCUGGGAAACGAUUUCUUUGGUGCCCUUGGUGAUUUAUUCAGCAGUCAUGCUGUUGAAAAUCCCUCCAAAGAUUCAGAGAUCUCAUUGCUGAAUCAGUAUGGACCCGAUGUCCCUCUUGAUGUUUUAAAGAAGCUGGUAACUGUGUUUGGCGAACUUAGAACGAUGGCUGAUACAGGUUUAGUCAGCUAUCCAUACUCAACAAGAGAAGUCGUUAACAUCAUCAAACAUUUACAGCAAUUCCCAGAUGCAGACAUUGAGGAUGUGAUGUUUAACGUUUUCGAUUUCGACAAAUACAACCCAGAAAUGGUCCAAACUCUUGGAGAAAUUUUAGUUAAACACGGUAUCGCUAAAAAGAAUAUCUUCAGUCAGGAAUAUUUGGCCAAGAAAAGAGCUCAGAAAGAUUUGCAAGUUACGGUCAAUAGAUAUAGUGGGUUAGAUACCAGCGGACCUAAACAUGGAAAGGAAGAUCCAAACAAUGAUCCCCAUGUAGGUGGAAACACAUGGGCUGGUGGGACUGGUGGCCGAGACACGGCUGGUCUUGGUGGUAAAGGUGGUCCAUACAGACUCGAUAAGGGUCACAAAGUUCAUCAGUUAUCGGACGAAGAGAAGAAUGCUGUACCGGAACACGUCCAAAGAGCUGCUAGAGAAAUGGGUAGAAAAGCUUUUGAACAAAGGUUAAAAGAAAUAGGGAUGAGCGGGUAUGAUGCCUCUCUCUAUUCUCAAUUUUCGAACUCGGUUUCCAGGGAAGUGCAGUCUUUGAGGGUAAUUUUAGGUAAUCUGCAAGCAAAAAAUAAGGAAAGGAUGUGGACGAGACAUCAAACAUCUGGAGAACUGGAUGACGUGAAACUUAUCGAUGGUAUUCUUGGAGAAAAAACAAUAUUUAGGAGGCGCGUUGAAGAGGAGCCAGAGCUGGGAACACCACAAAUCAGGCCAAAGUUAUUCAGAGUUCUAGCAGAUGUCUCUGGUAGCAUGUACAGAUUCAAUGGUUAUGAUGGUAGAUUAGAUAGAGAACUGGAAGCUGUGGUUUUGGUUAUGGAAGCCUUUGAAGGUUUUGAAGAUAAAAUAAAGUAUGAUAUUCUAGGUCACUCAGGUGAUUCCCCUAACAUCACAUUUGUACGAAGGGAUCGACCACCAAAAAACAAUAAAGAAAGGCUUGAUGUCAUUAGGACUAUGCAUGCUCAUUCCCAAUAUUGCUGGUCUGGAGAUCAUACCCUUUCAGCUACCCAAUCAGCUGUAGCUUCAUUAGCUGAAGACGAUUGCGAUGAAGCAAUUCUGGUUGUGCUAUCUGAUGCGAAUUUACAGCGUUAUGGCAUCCCUCCUUCUAAAUUGGCCGAUGCCUUAUCAUCUUCAACCAAAGUUAGCGCAUAUGCAAUUUUUAUAGGAAGUCUUGGAAACCAAGCAGAAAUGCUCAUAGAGAAAUUACCAGUUGGAAGAUCAUUUGUAUGUACCGAUGUCAGUGAACUACCUCACAUUUUAAAACAGAUUUUCACCUCAUCGUUAAUUCAAUCUAAGUAUUGAGAUAUGUUUAGUAUUGAUUUAUAUUGUUAUUAAAUUGACCAAAUAUGUUUUAAUAUAAAUGAGUUAUUGUUAAAUAAAUGAAUUCUUUACUAGAAAUCAA